AUCUGGCAAGUGGGCGCAUGCGUUGAACUUUCACAUGAAGUAAGUCUAAUGCAAUCUUGGCAAACUUGAAAUGUAGCUAGACUGUAGUUUGAGUGAUUUUAAACGGAGCGAAUUAACUGCAAAGAACCGGUCUGUGAACAAUGACGAGACGUGAGCGAGAAGGUCAUGAUAAAUGUCCAUUAGAUGCCAAUAUAUAUGCUACUCGAAAGACGGUAGCACAAGGGAUGAUGGAUAUCGCCUUAUUAACAGCAAAUGCAUCUCAACUGAAGCAUGUUUUGGCAACAGCUGAUACUCAUGAUUACUACUUGAUCAGCCUGGUUUUGAUAGGCAGCUCCAUGGUAUUACAGAUUUUAGUUGGCAUUCUGUUGGUAGUCGUCGGUCGUUGGAACAUCAAUAACAGAAAAGAGCAGAAUGUAGCCAAUGUCACCAACAAUAUCAUCGUUAUUCUGAUCUUUCUUAUUACGGUGGUUAACGUUCUAAUCACUGCUUUUGGUGAUGAAGAUACUGAUGACUUCCCAAAUCCUAGCCAUUGGUCAGAGCCACGAAAAGAACUGAUGAUAGACGACACUUCUCGCCUCGAAAGGGAUCUUAAAGCGACAGCCCAAAACAUGGUAGCAUGAGUGAGUGGCAUAAACUUCAAAAAUCCUUGAACUACGUAUGCAGCUACUGGACAGAAUUAUUCAUUUGCAAAUCAUAACUACUGUUGAUAAUUCAUGACAUUUUCAAUAAAUUCAGUCCGAUGAAAAUGUGACUGAAUGGCGAUUUUGAAACAUUUGUAAUUCAUUUUCAUUCCAGUUGAAGGAUUUUCUUUGCGAAUGUUUUGACAGUGCCAUUUUAGGUCAAGAAGUAGUAUGAUACUUAAAAUAAACAUUCAAUAUUCUUUAUAUCAUCUUAUGUCUAUUACGAUGCAUUUUUGGAGCACUUACAUUGCUUUGAUAGGAAACUAAUUUGAAUGUUCUUCUCUGUAUUUGUUGGCAAUUAUCUGUUUUUUGACUAAAAUCGAAUGUUAUUUCAUCAAUGAUUUAAUAAUGCAACUUGAAAUUGUACUUUUUGAAAUUCAUUUAAUCACGUAACAUCUUAAAAUAAAGCUAUUUAUUAAACUUUGU